GGGGCGGCCGGCCUUGGUGGUCUGCAGCGGCACGCGGAGGCCCCUGGUCUACCGGUGGAGUGGGGCGGCCUUUGCCCCCCACACUGACAUCCCCCACGUGCCCGAUGUCUACGCCGCGAAGCACUUCCGCCUGCGGGGCCACGUCUUCCUCUGCCUGACCCGCUUCCUGGGGGAUGCCAAGGUGAUGCGUUGGGAGGGCUCCAUGUUCCGGGAGGUGCAGCAGGUGCCGGCGCGGGGCUCGUUGGUCUUCCAACCGUUGGCGCUGGCCGGCCAACGCUAUGUGAUCCUGGGCAACGACUACGCCCCCAGCCGCGUCUACCGCCUUGGCCCCGGUGGGCACCUGGAGCCCGCCCAGGAGCUGUUGGCCCCCACGCCCCGUGCCUUCGCCCCCCUCUCCCUGGGUCACCGCCACUUUCUGGUGGCCUCCAGCUUCAAGGGGGCCACCCAGAUCUACCGGCAUGUCACCGUGGACUUGGGGGCUUGAGGGAUGGCAAGCGUCACAUUGUGGUGGCUGAGGGACGUCAAGCGUCGCGUCGUCAUGGAGUUGGGCACCUGGGGACAUGGGGACAUCAAGCGUCGUAGCAGGGAGGUGAGUGCCUGAAGGACAUGGGGACAUCGGCCACUAUGUCAUUGUGGAUCUGGGCACCUGAGGGACCUGGGGACAUCAAACAUCCUGGAGCUGGGCCUGAGGGACAUGGGGACAUCGGUCGUCAUGUCACUGUGGAGCUGGGGGUCUGAGGGACAUCAAACAUCACCUCAUUGUGGAGCUGGGUGCCAGAGGGAUGCUGGGACAUGGCCAUGAUGUCACUGUGGAGCUGGGCACCUGAGGGACAUGGGGACAUGGGGACAUCAAGCAUCACCUCACUCUGGACCUGGGUGCCUGAAGGACACAGGGACAUUGGUCAUCACGUCACUGUGGACCUUUGUGCCUGAGGGAUGUGGGGACAUGGGGACACUGUGUGACCCUGGACCCCGGUGCCUGGAGGAUGUGGGGACAUCGGCCAUCAUGUCACUGUGGACCUGGGUGCCUGAGGG